AUGCGAGAGUCCGGCAUAGUGUCGCAGACACCAACUCUCCGGGGAGAAGAGCUAGAGGUUGUCCCAGCCAAGCAAAAGGCAGAGGACGACGGAGAGCCAUCGGACGACUCCAAACCUGAGCUUGGCCAGAAUGUCGCCACCGAAAGUGCCGCACUUGAACAAGAAGGCGAAGAUGAAGUCACUGUCAUUGAUUGGGACGGCCCUGAUGACCCAGAGAACCCUAGGAACUGGAGUUACAACAAGAAAUGGGCUGCGACAGCAAUUGUGUCCGCAUUCACCUUUAUCAGCCCAGUCUCCUCAUCUAUGAUCGCCCCCGCUAGCGAUCAACUAGCAGAACAAUUCGGUAUUACGAACCAGACAGUGAUAGCAUUAGUUACCUCCGUGUUCGUUCUCGCAUACGCUUUCGGUCCAUUAUUCUUGGGACCAUUAAGCGAGAUAUUCGGUCGUUCGCGAGUACUCCAGCUAGCAAAUAUGUGGUACCUAGCCUGGAAUUUAGGAUGCGGUUUCGCACAAAACAAAGGACAGCUCAUUGCAUUCCGUUUCCUGGCCGGCCUAGGUGGAAGCGCGCCGCUCUCGAUUGGCGGAGGCGUGAUCGCAGACUGUUGGCGGCCUGAGGAGCGAGGGCAAGCGAUCGCUCUGUACUCUCUCGCACCGUUACUCGGUCCUGUCAUUGGGCCUGUCUGCGGCGCAUGGAUCGGACAGCGUUCGACAUGGCGGUGGGUGUUCUGGUCCACCACAAUUGUGGAUGGCUUCGUGCAGUGCUUGGGUUUGUUAUUCUUGAGAGAGACAUUCGCCCCGAUUCUCUUAGAGCGAAGGGCGGACGGUAUCCGGAAAAGUAUGGUACCGGAGAAGGUGCAGACGCGGAACAUUCGUACCGUCUACGACACCUCGGAUAGACAUUGGAAGAAGAUUCUUUCAAAAUCGCUCGUUCGCCCCUUCAAGCUGUUCUUCCGGGAGCCUAUCAUCCAGCUUCUAGGUAUCUAUAUGGCUUUCGUUUACGGCACAUUAUACCUAUUUCUCACCACAAUCGACGGCAUCUUCGAAAACGUCUAUGGCGAAGACGUCGGCAUUGCCGGUCUCAACUACUUUGCGCUCGGCGUCGGCCUCACAGGCGCAUCGCAGAUCAACGCGCGUAUGCUUGAUAGAGUUUACAAGUAUUUCUCGAAGAAAAAUGGGGGCGUUGGGAGGCCUGAAUUCCGACUGCCAUCCAUGGUCCCUGGAACGAUCGCUCUCCCUAUCGGGCUGUUUAUCACCGGAUGGACCGCCACCGCACACACACAUUGGAUAGGGCCCGACAUCGGCAUCGCGUUCGUGGGCGCUGGGAUGAUCCUGAAUUUUCAAAGCAUACAGACCUACGUCAUCGACGCGUUCACGCUGCAUGCCGCGUCUGCGCUCGCGGCGGUCACGUUCCUGCGAUCGUGUGCGGGCUUUGGGUUCCCUCUGUUCGCGCCUGCGAUGUACGAGGCGCUCGGAUAUGGAAAGGGCGAUACCAUCCUCGCUUGUGUCGCUAUAGUCGUGGGCUGUCCAGCACCAUAUUUAUUCUGGACGUACGGCGAGCGGAUACGGAAGGCAAGCAGAUAUGCGCGCAAGUGA